UCGUCGCAGAAAUUCGGAGCGAGCGCGAGCGCGAGCGUCAGAGAGAUGGCUUCGCUGACGAGAACCGCGGCAUCUUUGGCUGGCCUCCUCGUUCUCCUCAUCUCCUUCACCGUAUACAUCUCCACCGCCGACCUUGGUUCCCGUCGCUUCUCGCUCCCCUCCCUCCCUCUUCACUCCUCCUUUUUCUGUGGCCCAGCCCCCUGCGCUGCCACCGCGGCAUUAGGACGCCAAAUGCCGCCUCUUCGCGUCUACAUGUACGAUCUUCCCCGCCGCUUCAACUUCGCCAUGAUGGAUCACCGACCUGACACGGAUCCCCCGCCUGCUACGGGCAAGGAUAUUCCGCCGUGGCCGCCCAGCGCGGGGAUCAAGAAGCAGCACAGUGUGGAGUACUGGAUGACCGUGUCUCUACUCGUCAGCGAGGAAGAGGCUUCCGUGGAGGAGAGGGAGGCGGUCAGGGUUCGCGAUGGGGAGGUGGCGGACGUGUUCUUCGUCCCUUUCUUCUCCUCACUUAGUUUUAACUCUCACGGGCGCAACAUGACUGAUCCCGACACCGAGAUCGAUCGGAAGCUUCAGGUUGACUUGCUCGACAUUUUAAGAAAGUCAGACUACUGGCAACGGUCAGCUGGUCGAGACCAUGUUUUACCCAUGCAGCACCCAAAUGCAUUUAGAUUUCUCCGUGAUCAGUUGAAUGCAUCCAUUCUUGUGGUUGCUGAUUUUGGGAGGUAUCCAAAAAGCUUGUCCAACUUAAACAAAGAUGUUGUGGCUCCAUAUGUUCAUGUUGUGCAAUCCUUUAUGGAUGAUGAUUCUUCUGAUCCUUUUGAAUCACGUCCCACGCUUCUGUUCUUCCGGGGAAGAACAGUAAGGAAAGAUGAAGGAGUUGUACGCCAAAGGCUGGCCAAAGUUUUAGCUGGCUUCGAUGAUGUGCAUUUUGAAGAUAGCUUUGCUACUGGGGAGGGCAUUAAAGCUUCCACACUCGGCAUGCGUUCAUCAAAGUUCUGUCUGCACCCUGCAGGCGACACACCCUCCUCAUGCCGCCUGUUUGAUGCUAUCGUCAGUCAUUGUGUCCCUGUAAUCAUCAGCGACCACAUUGAACUCCCCUUUGAGACUGAGCUUGACUACACCGAAUUUUCCUUUUUCUUCUCAGUCAAUAAGGCCCUACAGCCUGGGUACCUGGUUGCCCAGCUCAGAGCAGUAUCCAAGGAUAGGUGGCUUGAGUUGUGGAAGAAGUUGAAGGCUGUGUCCCACCACUAUGAAUUUCAUUAUCCUCCAAAGAGAGAUGAUGCUGUAAACAUGCUCUGGAGGCAGGUACGCCAAAAACUCCCUACAGCCAAACUUGCUGAGCACCGGAGUCGACGACUAAAGAUACCUGACUGGUGGAAUUGAUGGUGGCCAUUGAUGAUGAUUUUGAUCACUAAUGGCAGUGAUAGUGACCAUGAUAACAAUGAUUGUACGCUAAUCUUGUUUUCAGGUCUUUCAGGAUUUUUUAUGGCCUAGAGCUAUAGUGUACAUAGUGGCUGCAAGGCCUUACCUGCUGCUGCCAUGGUUGAGUGAAUUUUGUGACAAUGGAUGCACAAGCCUUUUUUGAGCAGAGGUAUUUAUCCCCAAUUGUAACUUUACACUUUUGAACGAUUUUUUCUUUCCAUUCGAUAGAAUAAAGCUUUGUUCUUAGCCA